UAGUAUGCUCUUACUGAUCAUAGUCAGUUGUUGUGCCUUAAGCAGUCUGGCAUUCCCCCGGGGUGCACCGGCUGAAUCUUGUGAAUCAUUAUUGCCUCGACAUGUUGGAACAGAAGCUAUGGGACCACAACAUUCUCCAUAUUCCUUUAUCGCUUCCGGCAGUCACUAUCACUAUAGAAUGAAUGGUAUUCAUGUACAGUUAGCUGGUCCUCGAUUCAAAGGAUUUUUAGUUGCUGCAAUAGAUCCAAAUACACACGAAAGAAUAGGUGACUGGGUCAAAAUUAAAGGUACGAAAACAUUGCCUUGUUCAGCAAUUAGUCAUGGAGAUCCCUAUGCCAAAAAGAAAGUCAUUUUAAUGUGGAAGCCUCCGAAAGAUCGUCCAAAAGGCGAAGUCAUUUUUAUGGCAACUGUUUUAAAAUCUUAUGGAGAAUAUUAUUCUGGAAUUGUAGCUAAAAUUCCCCCAAACGAAAAUGAAGAUGAUUAAGAAUUUUCAAAUUGGAAGUAUCAUCAUUAAUUAUUGUUCACAUCUUAUCAUAUUUUAAAUCUGUAUAAAA